AAAUAUUUGGGUCCCAAAAGCUCGGCGGUGCUAGUUUUCUGUGGGACUACUUUUCAGGAAGUACCGCUGUCAUUCCUGUCGCUCGUUGCUGUGUCCUUGUUAGCUUGCCAGCUAACUAAUGUCCACCAUCUGGAAAGAUGAUUUGAAUUGUGUCUUUACUUUUAAAUUAAAGAAAUUGUAUAUUUGUCAACUAUAGCAAAUAGCAUAAUGUUACGAGCGGGAAAUGCGGUCGCCUGCCUGGCCUGCAGGAGCCUACUGUCUCCCAGGAUGGGAGUGAGGGUCGGUGUGCCCAUCCAGAAACUUCACCCCUUAUCCCGUGCCAUCCAUCACAGAUAUACCAAUGCCAACCCCCAGAGGACUCCACACCGAACUGCUGCCCGCCACAUCAGCUCCCUUUGUAGACUUCCCCCGCGUACCCACAAGUCCCGAUAUGGGGGCCAGGGGGGUCAUGGCUAUCAGCAGCACCGCUCUUUCUGGGCAGUGCGCCUGGCCGCCAGGCUGCUGAAGCUAAGAUACUUAUUUCUGGGAGGAGCCGUAGGAGGAGGGUACACCGCUAAAAAGACUUAUGAGGAGUGGAAAGACUUGCUUCCUGAUCUUAGUGAAUACAACUGGGUAGUGCCUGAUUUUGUGUGGGAGCUCACUGAACAAAUAGACUUAGAAAAACUUGCCAAGGCUCUGCCUGAUGCUGCGGAGUUGGCCAAGCUAAUGCCAGACCUGGAGAAGAUUGGAGAGAACUUUACGUUUCUUAAGAGUCUUCUGUCCACUGGUGUGAGUUUGGUUAGUGAAGUCAAUGGAGCUUCUGGUCUGCGUCUGUUGUUAGAGUCCCCCGGCGAGUCGGCCCUGAAGGCCCCAGAGGCCCCGGUGGCGGCAGCCGCGGCCGCGUCGACAGCCUCGUCGGCCGAGGGCGGCGACAAGCAGUACAAGAAGCAGGGCUUACUUGGCGAGCUCAUUCUCAUACAGCAGCAGAUCCAGCAGCACGAGGAGGAGGUCCGAAGGGCGGCGGCGGCUGUGGCAGCGGCGGCGGCCAAUAGCGCGCGGCCCGCUCCUGCACCUGCUCCUGUUCCUUCUCAACCUCCACCUCCACCACCACCACCACCUCCUCCGCCUCCGCCGCCCGAACCCAGUCCGACCCCCACUCCGGCCCAGAGCGCCACCCCCAGCCCAAGCCCCCCGCAGCAAAAGCGCAAGGCAUCAGAUAAAGAGAAAAUCGACCAGCUUCAAGAAGAGAUUCUCCGCUCUCAGAUGAAGUACCAGCGCAUGCUGGAGCGUCUGGAGAAGGAGAACAAGGAGCUGAGGAAGGUGGUGCUGCAGAAGGAUGACAAGGGCAUCCAUCAGAGGAAGAUCAAGAAGUCUCUAAUUGACUUGUACUCAGAAGUGCUGGACAUCCUUUCUGACUUUGACUCCAACUACAACACUCAAGACCACCUGCCAAGGGUGGUGGUGGUUGGGGACCAGAGUGCAGGGAAGACCAGCGUGCUGGAGAUGAUCGCCCAGGCCAGGAUCUUCCCCCGGGGCUCGGGCGAAAUGAUGACCAGGUCCCCUGUCAAGGUGACCCUCAGUGAAGGCCCUCACCAUGUGGCCAUGUUCAAGGACAGCAGCAGAGAGUUUGACCUCAGCAAGGAGGAGGAUCUGGCUGCCCUCAGGCAGGAGAUCGAGCUCAGGAUGAGGAAGAGCGUAAAGGAUGGUCAAACCGUCAGUCCAGAGACAAUUUCUAUAAGUGUCAAAGGCCCUGGAAUCCAGAGGAUGGUGUUGGUGGACCUGCCUGGUGUUAUCAAUACUGUGACCGCAGGUAUGGCUGCAGACACCAAGGAAACCAUCUUCAGCAUCAGUAAAGCGUACAUGCAGAACCCCAACGCCAUCAUCCUCUGCAUUCAAGAUGGUUCAGUGGAUGCAGAGCGCAGCAUCGUCACUGACCUGGUCAGCCAGAUGGACCCCCAGGGCAAGAGGACCAUCUUUGUCUUGACCAAAGUGGACCUGGCCGAAAAGAACCUGUCCAGCCCCAACAGGAUUCAGCAAAUUGUUGAAGGCAAGCUGUUCCCAAUGAAGGCGUUGGGUUACUUUGCUGUGGUUACUGGCAAAGGAAGCAGCAGUGAAAGCAUUGACUCCAUCAAAGACUACGAGGAGGAUUUCUUUCAGAGCUCCAGGCUAUUAAGAGACGGCAUGCUGAAGGCCCACCAGGUCACCACUAAGAACCUGAGCCUGGCCGUGUCCGACUGCUUCUGGAAGAUGGUGAGGGAGUCGGUGGAGCAGCAAGCCGAUGCCUUCAAAGCCUCUCGCUUCAACCUGGAGACGGAGUGGAAAAACAACUACCCACGCUUACGGGAGCUGGACAGGAAUGAGCUCUUUGAAAAGGCCAAGAAUGAGAUCCUGGACGAAGUGAUCAGCCUGAGUCAGGUCACGCCCAAACACUGGGAGUCCAUCCUGCAGAAGAAGUUGUGGGAGAGGGUUUCCACCCACGUCAUUGAGAACAUCUACUUACCGGCCGCCCAGACCAUGGACUCCGGCACCUUCAACACCACUGUGGACAUCAAACUGAAGCAGUGGACUGACAAGCAGUUGCCCCACAAAGCCUUGGAGGUUGCCUGGGAGACGCUGCAGGAGGAGUUUGCCCGUUUCAUGGCAGAGUACAAAGGGAAAGACCAGGAUGACAUCUUUGACAAGCUGAAGGAGGCCGUCAAGGACGAGAGCAUCAAGAGACACAAAUGGAACGAGAGGGCCAUGGACAGCCUGAGGGUGAUUCAGCACAACGCCCUUGAGGACCGCUCUAUCACAGAUAAGCCCCAGUGGGACGCCGCCAUCCAGUUCAUGGAGGAGACUCUGCAGUCCCGCCUCAAAGACACUGAAUCUGUAAUUAAUGAUAUGGUGGGGCCGGAUUGGAAACAAAGGUGGAUGCACUGGACAAACCGCACGGCAGACCAGCACAUUCGUAACGAAACCAAAAACGAGCUGGAGCGUCUGCUGAAGCUGCAGGAGGACCACACCGCCUACCUGGCCAACGACGAGGUCACCACCGUACGCAAGAACCUGGAGUCCCGUGGCGUGGAGGUGGACCCUGUGCUGAUCAAGGACACGUGGCACCAGAUGUACAGACGACAUUUCUUACAGAAAGCCCUGGCCCACUGUAACCUCUGCCGACGAGGCUACUACUACUACCAGAGACAUUUCAUAGACUCUGAACUGGAGUGCAAUGACGUAGUGCUGUUCUGGAGGAUCCAGCGCAUGCUGGUCAUCACUGGCAACACGCUGAGGCAACAGCUCACCAACACUGAGGUACGUCGCCUGGAGAAGAACGUGAAGGAGGUGCUGGAGGACUUUGGGGAGGACAACGAAAAGAAGACCCAUCUGAUCACCGGCAGGAGAGUGCAGUUGGCCGAGGACCUCAAAAAAGUUCGGGAAAUUCAGGAGAAACUUGAAGCAUUCAUUGAAGCUCUUCACAAAGAGAAGUAGACGAACAGAAAUGCUGGAUACAACUUGCAGUUCACAAAAAAAAUGCACUGAUCAAAGAAGACUAAUUCAUCCAUGGCCCUUUUGUAAAUGACUGCUGUCCUGGCCUCAUCCUCAUCCUGCAUUUGAUUUUAACGUGAAAACACACUCAAACACACUCGCAAACACUCACUCACUCACGCACACACACACGCACCUACACUCUGUAAAAUGAGUCUGUGGCAGACAUGUCUUCGGAAGGAGGAAGAUAAGUGAAGUGCACGGGACCCCUUCAGCCAGGGAGCGGGACCUCGGCCUCCGUCAGCGCUUGAGGAUGGAGCACUUCAUAAGCUGAGAGCGGUGGCCUGUCACAGCCGGAUACAGUCUCUCCCCCCAGCCCCCGCCCCCCACCCCCGCCCCCCUCCUAGGGUGGCUCAGAAGCACUUGAUGCGUUCAGCAGACAUGUCCUCCGCAUUCAUGGACAACAGAAAGAGAGAAUGAGUGGGAGAGAGAGACA